ACAAACAGCUUUGUUCAAUCCGCGUCAGUCGCUGAUACCCUGGCUGCAGAAGCCAAGAUACAGCUACGGUCUCUUCUGCAACGAUGGGUCCGAGGAUUAUGCCUCGUGCAGAGCGAGAUGCAGCUACUCUCGAGAGUGUUCGGCUAUUCAACGAAGAAACUAGACUCCUUGAUAUGAUUGUUGAAUGGAUCUCGGAAGAGGAACUCGGAGAGAAAACGGCAGAAGAUCAUCAAAAGGUGCUCGUCGCAUUACGGCAGAAGAUACGAGGUAGAAGCUGGAUGUUAGAUCAAGAGGAUAUCAUGGACGAGCUGAUCGAGCAAUGCUAUCUGGAGACAAUGGCUUUAGAGUAUCCGGAACAAGUAGAAAGCCUCAGGGAAAGCCUCAGGGAAAGCUGGCAAGACAGACCGCCACUCGAUGGGCCUCCUUUUUUCGUGCAUCGCACAACGGACGGCGGCCAUAUACAAGAACCGGAUCCCGUACGCGCAGAGUCUCCUGAAAGCAUGGAUCAUGAGGGAUGGGAAGUUGACGAGCAGCACGAAGCGGGACAGGAGGAUACAGCUUCACAUGACUCGGAAGGUGUCGGGUCCGACCUACAAGCCGAACACGACGCUCAUCAGAGGACCUUGAACGCUGGGAAUAUCGCUAGGGAGAGAAGGACCAGAACACUGAGGAGAAGUACGCAUUGGCAGAGACGCUCACAAGAAAGAGAACAGAUGAUCAGGGCACCUGCUCUACCCGUUGCGUGGAGUGAUGAUGGCUCCAGUGAUGCCGGCAGUGACGGACUCUCUUCCCCAGUACGUGGACCGCGAGGCACAGCUAGAACCGACCGGCUUGCGCGGGCUCCGCCAGCGAUUGGUCUAACGGCGCAACAACAAGCAGCGGCUCUGCUCGACCGGGCGGGAAUUGUCGGGCGGAGUACACAACCUGCUAGCGUUGCUCCCCCGCCCCAGCCCAGGCUAGGUGCACAUGUCGAACGAAUACUAGCCAUUCUAGAAGAAGAUCCAACCGAGUCCUAUCCUGUGGCGGGUCAAGAGCAAUCUGGACCUACUGUCGCUCCUUCGCCUCCUCGACUUAGCUUCAGCGAUUACGUGCGGCAAGAAUUUGCAGGUCCCGUAUGGGCGAUUCCUCAGGUGAUCGACUCGCUAACUCCGCAAGAACGGACUGAUCUGAUCACCCGAAUGGACGAGGAGUUCCCAACCGUGUUCGGGCCUAUCGCAUGGGGACCUUCAGACGAAAUUCCUGCAGCUGUCAGGACGGCGCUCUUAGCGCGAUUAGGGUUAGUUGAACCGCCUCCUGCCCAGCAGCAAGAUACCGUACGCGUAGGGUUCCAUCCGGGACUUCAAGACGCUGCUCUUGCUAGGCCAUCUCAGCAUCCGGCUUUCACUCGAGAUCGCCGAGCUCCGCGCGACGAUCCGUUCGGGUUACGUGCGUCGAGGUACAGCUCGAACAGAACGCGACAAUAUAUCAGCACUUGGGAUGAUUUUAGUUACACACCGUAUGCCCGGCGUGUCAUUAGGUCGAGGGACCAGCUGUCUAGACAUUCGGUGGCAAGCGAGAUGGUUUUCCGGAUGAGCGCUGCGGCGACCCGCUUCGAUGAUGCGUUGGGGCAAGUUUUAGGGGGAAUGGAUCAAAUGGCGGAUGCUGGGUCGGAUCGAGUCGUCGAGAUGACAGCAGGUCGCACGGAGACUUCGGGACAACGAGAGUUGAGGCAGGCCAUCAAACCUUCGGUGGGUCAGGUGGAUAGUAUGCAACAGCGAGCAGAGGAAUUUGCAAGGGCAGCAGGACGAGCAAGACAAUCAGAUCGAGAUGUGCAAGAACAAAAACUAGAUGACCGAUGUUCGGAAAGGGUAGAAGCGGUUGCUGACGCGAGCGAGGAAACAACACUCAUUCGAGCUGGACCAAGAGAGGAUAUCGAGAAAGGUCUUGCCAGCACGGCAGAGUGUGAAGCUGAGAUCAUGGCCGGGCUUUCGGGUUCGACGUCGAGUCCUACACAGGCCUCGCUUGACACGGCUACUGUCAAAACAAGCGCCACCGAUCUGACUGGCCUGUCUGCCGCAUCAAGGCCGUCGCCGCCCAAGAUGGAGUCUGUAAUAUACGACGCCCCAGACCGGAGAUAUCCGCCCAUGGCUGCUCGCAGUCUUAAUGACCAUCCGAUGUCUUUCUCGGCCGCCAUGGGGGGGAUCCAAACCUGUCUCUUCGACGCUCUAGGCCGAGCUAACAAGCAUGCCACCGAGGUGGCACUCAGCAUCUCAUCUGAGGCAUACUUCUGGUGUCUGGGCGGAGGGGAUUCGGACUGCGAGGCAACUCAAACGUGCAUAGAGACAGUCGUCGUACAGAAAGCUCAUCGGGCCUUUACAGCGGAUCGUGAAGACAUGAUGAAGACGUUCUUGUUGGCGCUGAAGAACGACUUUGCCGCGUUUCAAGCGAUUCUCCGGGAGACGAACCAAACGUUCGGCAUGAAUUGGGACACCUUUGGAGCAUCUUCGUGGAGCAAUCAUUCGGGGUCUGUCUUCGAUGAAGCGGCCCGUGACGCCCGCGAUGACAAGCACGGAUACGAGGUCGAUCCCCUGCCCGUUCCUCGUGGCGAAAAGGCUCACCUGCGGAUCGAUACCGAUCUCAUUUGCGCAAAGCUGAGAGCAUACAUCGACAACGUCUGUGCGCAUUUCUGCUGCGACGAGUACAACGAUUAUGUCUCCAGCCUGGAAGACGCAUACCUCGAUGGAUUGCAGAGGUCAACGUUUGGCAUGAAAGCCGCACACCUCGUCCGGAUGCAGAUGGCCACUAGUGUCAAUAUUGCUUUCGUCGCACAUGCGGAGUACGUCGCACAACAAACAAGAGAGAUGAAUCGACACGGAGAAGAAAUCGGAGAAGACCUUGUGCAACAAGCAACCAGAUUGAUGGAGUCGACUGCGGGCAGCGGAGAUCAGGUCAGAGAUCUGCGGCGGUCGGCAGAUCGAUUGCUACGUAACGACAUUCAAUGAAUAGAUGACGGAAACGGACAUUUCGAUACCAGCGGGAAAUACAACGAUGGAUACCCUAGAUCACGACCGUAUUGUAGCAACGUAGCAUUUCGAUUGAACUGUUUCGAGCGGCUUU